UCAGUAAAUUACAAAAAUUGAGAAAACUCAAUGCUGCCUUCACGUGCUAUCGGAAUUAUAGUAUACAAGUUUCCUAAUCUGAAAGUAGACGUGAAUGCCUCUCAAGUCGUAUUCACUACUGGGAAAUUCGGAAAUAAUUUUGAUACCAGAGUUUCCGAGUUGGGCGGGUCAUAAUCUUUAAACAUGUUGGAUGGGACAACCAUUGCUGCUGUCAGUGCUGUUCUCACAACAACUACAUCCCUUUGUCUUGUCGCUAAAGAAGUGUAUUUAUAGACUAGAUAUGAACGAUCAUUCGAAGCAUAUUGUAUGUUUUGUAAGCAGUGAAAUACGCAUUAAUGUUUAUGAUAGUCAACCAAUGGGAUGCUACAUUUUAUUCUUUCCGACAUUAAAACACUUGAAUACAACAAGCUCUUAGUCAUUACUUCAUAAGUGGGAAAUGGGACAUUUCGUAUAGCAGGUGAAGACAGCAUUAAUAAAGACAGUUUUUGUGCUACAGCUGGGCUUAAAUACUGACUGAAAUACCAUUUUGUUGUAUAACUGAACAUUGGGAUUGGUCUGUAAUAAACUAUUUCUCCUGGCUCAAGUGUUGAGGGGUUUGAUGACUGCCAGCUUACUUGGACUGACACAACUCCUCUUUCACUGGCUUAGUCCAUAUAGAAUCUAGCAAGCAUGUUGUUGGUUUGGAUGUCUGUUGCUGUGUGCUAUUAAACUGGUGUUAAAUUGUAUUUGUCUUUCUUCAUUUUAGACCUGAUGGUGCUGAAAGAGGAGAGUGAAGUACUAGCUGAAAUGGAAGAGAAAGAUCACUUUGAGAAAAUACAUCACGAUUUCAAGAAUGGAGAAAAUUUCUGUGAAACUGAAAAGACUUUCUCACCAAAAAGAGCUCAGAAGACCAAAUUGAACAGUUACUUCACCUGCCAUCAGUGUGGAAAAAGCUUCAAUCAAAAAGGAAGCCUUAAAAGCCACAUGAGAGUUCACACUAGAGAGAAGCCUUAUACAUGCACUCAAUGUGGAAAGAGUUUUACAUAUAAACACACUCUUAAUGACCACAUGAGGAUUCACACUGGAGAAAAGCCUUUCAUCUGCCAACAGUGUGGAAAACAUUUCACUCAAAAACAAAACCUUGCAGUCCACAUGAGAAUUCACACUGGAGAGAAACCUUACACAUGCCAUCAGUGUGGACAGAGUUUCAAGCAUAACAAAAACCUUUAUACCCACAUAAGAAGUCACGCUAGAGAGAUUCCUUUCACCUGCAAACUGUGUGGCACAAAAUUCUCCAAUAAAGAAAUUCUUAAUGCCCACGUAAGAAUUGAUACUGAGAACGAAUUCACCUGCCAACAUAUGUGCUUAAUGUGGAUGAAGUUACGCACAUAAACAAGCCAUUUAUAUGAUCAGCGAGGAAAGAGUUUCAGAUUUACAGUAAUUCUUAAUCACUACAUAAGGAAUCACUCAAAAGAGAAUGGUUUUAUGCCAUCAGUGAUGGAGGGACAACUUAGGGACUCAUAUGCAACUAUUACAGAAGGUUCAGAUGUUCACUGAUGCUCCAGAAGGAAACACAAUGCAUUAAGAAUCAAGGGGAUGUAAACUUUUGA